AUGUCUGAAACAGAAGAUUUUGGAACCUCCUUUGAAUUAACAGAAAAUGCCGUUUCUCCUCGUGGCAAUCAACUUAAAUUUCAACAAUCUGAUGUAUCAAAUUCACUCGGAGCAACUCAGUUAAGAAUUAAGAAACCACCGUAUCCUCUAAUAAUUCCUAGUACUCAACCCACUGGAAGUCGAAUAAAGUUGAAUGCUCCCUCGCGAACUACAAAAACCGCCCAAAAGCUAGUUUUACUUCCUGAGGAAACUGAGGUACCACCUGGUGAACUUUCUGACUAUGCCGAAACCCCUGUCACUCCCUCAGGUCCACAUUUACCGGUUAGUUUUUAUGAUUCUACCGAUGCUGAGAGAAUGCCCAAGGAAAGUAGAGAGAUCAAUAAAUAUCCAAGGGCAACUGCUUAUUGUACGGCUGAAGGUUAUUAUCUUAAGAAAUUGUUGAAUUUUUUGAGUGAUGAACACAAUGUUCAACCAAUGUUGUAUGAUGAAUGUUUAUAUGCUCCUUACCAUUUUCCAUUAUUGAGAGGUAGAAAUACAAAGAUUUCUUCUUCCACUGCAAUACAAUCGCCUAAUGGUCGUUCAUUUAUGGAGAGCCAGAUAGAAAAUUAUGAAAAUAAUGAUGAUAAUUCUUAUUUUGUAAUGUCUGAAAAUGAAGAUAGUUAUGAUAAUGUUGGAAUAAGUGAAUCUUUAUCAAAACCUAUUCAGAAUACUCUUUCAAAUAUUGGUGAAGUUUUCUUUUUUGAUUAUGGUGUAGUUGUAUUUUGGAAUAUGACUGAAGAUCAAGAAAAAUUGAUUCUUGAUGAUCUUGCUAUGUCAAAAAUAUCGGUUCGUUCAUUAAAAGCUGAAGAUAUUGAGUGUGAGACCUUUCAUUUUCAAUAUGACCUUACUUCCACUAGACAACCUAGAAUUUUCAAUGAUAUGAUUACUUUGAAGUCUGAUAAUCAUAUGAUUAAAUUAACUAUCAGUCAUGCCAUGAGUCAGAGUACAAAAUUAACUUUUUAUGAAUGGCAAAUGGAAAGUACAAUCGAAAGAACAAAGCAUAUACCAAAAAUGUUGGCUCAAACUGGGCAUUUAAAUUUGAAUCGAACUCAAAUUACAAAAUUAAGCGGUGAAAUGUUUAAGUUACGAAUGAAUGUUAAUCUAGUAUCUAAUGUUUUAGAUACACCUGAAAUAUUCUGGUCUGAGCCGUCUUUGGAACCACUAUAUAGCGCCAUUAGAGCAUAUCUUGAAAUUUCUCAACGUGCCAACCUUCUUAAUGAUCGUUGUAAAGUUAUUAGCGAUUUGUUAGAUAUGUUACGUGAAGAUGUUGCGUCAGUAGCUUAUAAACUCUCUUUUCAUACUCAACCUUCAUCAUCAAUAAUUUUGGUAUACAAUACAUUACAAAUUCCAGCAUUAAUGGCGGCAACAAUCCACUUAACCACACAACAGCAAAAUUCUACACAUCCUCAGCAUGUCCAACUGCAGUCUGCAAGAGGUCGUCCAGUUUCUACUCCUGUUCCAAUGAAUUAUCCUCGAUAUCCUGAAAUACCUCACCCUCCACCACAAGUAACUCAAAGCUCCGCACGAAGGGGCAAUAUGUUUGGCCCAUAUCUACUGUUACAAACUUUGGGCGAAGGUGAAUUCGGCAAAGUUAAACUUGGUAUGCACGUGGACACUGGCGAAGAGGUUGCAAUCAAACUCAUACGUAAAGAAUCGGUGGAUACCCCAUCUAGGCUUACAAAAAUUGAAAGAGAAAUAGGAGUAUUACGGAGUGUAAUGCAUCCGAAUAUUGUAAAAUUAUAUGACGUGUUCGAAGCAGAUCGGUAUAUUGGCAUUAUCAUGGAAUACGCCUCAGCACAUCGAUACCUCAAAGAACGAGAUGCUUGUCGGCUGUUUGCACAACUCAUUAGUGGGGUGAAUUAUUUACAUCAAAAAAAUAUCGUACAUCGAGAUCUUAAACUAGAAAAUCUCUUACUAGAUCGUAAUAGAAAUAUUAUAAUUACCGAUUUUGGAUUUGCAAACCAAUUCAAUGGUGCUCAUGACGAUUUAAUGGCUACAUCUUGUGGUAGUCCUUGUUACGCUGCACCAGAAUUGGUAAUCAGCGAAGGAUUAUAUGUUGGAAGUGCAGUAGAUAUCUGGAGUUGUGGUGUUAUUCUAUACGCCAUGUUAUCAGGAUAUCUUCCUUUCGAUGAUGACCCUUCAAACCCCGAUGGUGAUAAUAUCAACUUAUUGUACAAAUACAUUAUUAAUACUCCGUUGGUAUUUCCUGAAUAUGUAAGCCCUGAUGCUAGAGAUUUACUUAGAAAAAUGCUUGUCCCUGACCCGGCAAAGAGAUGUGAUAUGAAGACUAUAAUGUCUCACAGAUGGUUGAUGCCAUAUGCAACACUAUUUGAAUAUUCCAUCCAAGAAUUGGAGGCUGCAACUCAGAUGAAUUCAUUAGCAUCACAAGAUGCGUAUAUCCCAUCCGGAGUUUCAAUGUCAAACAAUUUCUUAAGCGCUGAUUAUGUUGUGGAACAACCUAGUGAUGCUUCCGGUAAUAUUACCGUUAAACGUCAUACCAUCCAAGUAGAAUAUGAAUAUCCUGAUAAUAAUACUGAAGGAUACGUCGACUAUCCUGAUGAAGAUUUCCAAUUUGUUGAUGGAACCCGUCUUGGCUCGACUAUUGUACCUGUAGCAACAUCAGAUAUGAUAUUAGCUGAAGAACAGGAAGAGAUAUUAGCAAAUGAUUAUGAUACUUCCAAAAAUGAUGCAUCACAAAAUCUUUUGACAGCUACUCCAUAUUCUAAAUCUGAGAAACAUUUUAGUAUAACAUCAACUGGAUCUGGUAAUUCAGAUAAAAGCAGUGGACCAGGAAGUACUCCACCAGGAACUCCAUCAACAACAACAACAAGGAGUUCUGCAAAUGCUGGAAAUGGCUUGUUCACUUUGUUUGAAAGUGAUUCCAAUAAUAUAAAUAAAUUCAAAGAUAAAACUCCACAAAUUAAUAAUGUAAAUAGUAAUCUUGUUCUGCCACCUCCAAAUGACAAUUUCCAACCAGAUUUACAAAAGAGCUCAUCUCAAACACCCAAAAAGAGGGAUGCACCACGCACUAGGCCUGUAACUGUACAUGGUCCUCCAUCGGGGUCUCAAGACUUUUUAUCAAUGGUACCAGGGUAUAAAUCAACUUCUACAAAUACAUCUUUGAGUGUCACGGCUUCAUCACAACAUAAUAAUGAUAAUUCACUACAACCAAAACUUCCUCCUUCAACUACACCGCCUACUAUGCCUUUACCUGCUAUUCCGGAUCGUCAGGAUUCAUUAUCACCUGUAAACCAAAAGAGACACAAAAAAGCUUCUUCAUCUGAAAGAGUAUCUGAAAGAGUUAAUCAAUAUACAGGAAAAAAUAAAUUACCAAUAGAAAAUGAUUCUUCGAUUACAAAUAAAAUUAACAAUUCUGGUUCAAUCAAAGAAUCGAAUUCAAUUAAUUCAAAAACACAACCCUCACAAUCAACACAAGUAUCACCACCACCGCUACCACCAUCACAAAAUAUUGAUCUACAUUCUGAUACUGCUUCAGAUUCAACUAGUCUUAUGGAUGAUGGUAGUGAUUCUAGGAGUAAGAUAGGUGGCAAAAGGAAAGCUUUGAGUCUUAUGGUUGAAACAUUUAAAGGACCGAAUAGUCAUUCUGCGCAUAGCGUUGUUUCAACCAAUAAUACAUCAACAAAAGAUAAGAGAAAAACUCUUGGUAGUGGUAUUUCUUCUAGUAGUUCGAGCGCUGCUAAGAAAGUUAUGGAUUGGUUUAGAAGAAAAUCUUUGGCAAAGGAUCCUACAACUGCGCCGCUUAUUCCUGAAGGAACGACAAAUGGCGGCGUUUCCGCCAAUCGUGUCAAGAGCAAAAAGAGACAAAAAAAUAAUCCCGCAUUGGUUGUCACACAACCUAAUAGUAGUACUAAUUCUCCUUCGUCAUCACGCCAAUCCACAAUGACUUCAGUUUCUAAUGUGGACUCUAAACUUCGUAUACAUCAUGGUGUUGUCGAUAAUCUAGCCUUGACUGAACGACCUCCAUAUGAAAUUUUCAUAAUGAUUAAACAAGCCCUAGUUAGUAUGGGUAUAGAAAUAAAACGCGAAGGAGAAUUCAAAGUUAGAUGCGUGAGGCGCAAGAGAAAGGUUGAUAACAAAUCUUCUGCUAAAGAUAAGUCUCUAAAAACCAAGGACACUUUAACAUCGGAAGCUUCUGAAAACGUAUUAGAUAUUGAAAAGAAACGCAGAAAAUAUUCUAGUGGACCAUUUAAAACAUUGCUGCGUCGUACAAGUUCAAACAACACCAGUCAACUAUUAUCUACAUCAUUAUCAACCAACCAUAAAUCAAAUAGAUCAGACGAGUCGGCACCAACUAGUCCGACAAUAGGUCCAAUUAUGACACUUACGGGUCCAACAGAUGGUCCUACCUCAACCUUAGUUCCAGAAGUAUUAUAUGGUGAUCCAACGACAGAUUCAGGUGAUGAAAUAAGAUUUGUGGUAGAAUUAUGUCGCAUUAAGAAUCUUCCCGGAUUAUACAUUGUGGAUAUCAAAAGAAUGAAGGGUAAUCUUUGGGCAUACAAAUUUUUGUAUCAUACGCUUCUCGAUAAAUUGGACUUAAAAGGCAAAGGAGGCUAUUUAACUAUCGGAACAAGUGGUGGAAUAAUUCCAUGA